GCGAGGGGCGAGGGGCAUGGGGCGGUCUCGGGACUUGAGUCUGGGGUAGUUCAUUCCACUUGUCAACCAGCGUUAGAGAGAAUAAGAAUGUCUUACUAUGGGUUCAGAAAUGGAACCCUCCAAAAGGCCUGUGACCCAAAAAGCCUGUGACCCAAAAAGCCUGUGACCCCUCCUCAACUUGCAACUCCUGGGGAAGAAGUCCAUCAUUCAACUUCACCAUUACAAUAUCUUCUGUGCAUUGUUUUCUCCAUUCGAAUUAUGAAAACUUUGUAAAAAGUCGCACACUGAAUUACCCCUGCCCCUCGAAGCUCCCCCGCAUUACGCGUAACUCCGCUCUAUGCAGACAAACCCGAAGACACAUGAAAGUACAAGCCAUGGACUAUAAAGAGCAAGGCAAGCCCUCCACUUGUCCUUAAAAUUGCCUGGAGCACAGUGUAUACGUUUAGUUAUCAUGACCAAGUACGCCUUCAUCACCGGUGCUUCCUCAGGAAUUGGGUACGCCCUCAGUAAAUCAUUUGCCCAGCGAGGCUACAAAGUGUUCGCUUGCUCUCCCGAGUGGGAGUUGCACCUCAUGGACCCUCUCAAGGGCCUUGGGGUGACCCCACUAGCAUGUGACAUCACCAACACAGAGGAUAUCUUGCGGGUCAAGGAGAUCAUCCGAAAGGAAACUGGAGGUAGAUUGGAUGUUUUGUAUAACAAUGCUGGGAUUGCCAUUGGAGGACCAGCUUGUGAAUGUAAGGAUAAGGACGUUGAGAAAAUCUUCCGAGUCAAUGUUUUCGGCCACAUUGCCGUCACGAGAGAAUUCACCGACUUUGUGGUGGCCACCAAGGGUACCAUUGUAUUCACCCUGUCUGUAGCAGGAAGAAUUGCAUUCCCCUUUGUUGCACUUUAUUGUUCCACCAAGGCCGCCAUUGAUCAUUAUGCCCAUGUUUUAAAUUUGGAAUUGAAGCCGUUUGGAGUUUCGGUUGUUUCUGUGAUCACUGGAGGGGUCAACACUGCCGUUGGGGACAAAUCAAAGGAUUUGAGUGAGGAUGAAUUUGGCUUGAAAUACAAUGUUCCUGGAGCCCCCGAGUGUGCAUUGGAAGUGGCCCUCAUGGCACGUAAAUGUCCAAUCCCGGUGCAACCGGACGAGUAUGCCGAGGCCGUGGUGAAGAAGCUUGUGCGUGGGAACCCAAGUCUCAACUUGUUCCAAGGUGGGAUGUCAUGGAUUUUGAAUUUCUUGGGCAGAAGAACUCCAAUUUGGUUCCAACAAUGGGCCAUUUCGAGACACUUCAAGUUCAAUACGGUUGCGAGAAACAUCAGAAAGAGAUUACAAGCGAGGAGUUAGGACGUACAUAGCAUAAUGCACACAUCGUAUAGUUAA